AUGGAAAAUACCGACAGCUACCUGCACAAGAAAUUCAAGAAACAGUUGAGCGUCACUCCUAAAGUCCAGAAUGACAAAGAGAACAAAAGUGCUCCUCGAACGGAGCAGAGUGAAGAAAAAACACUCGAAACCACCGCGCCGUCGCAAGAAACCUCCUCUGACACAAGAAUAGUCUACCACCAAACACCCAGUGAAUACAAUCAAACAGUAGAAAAUCAAAUCCUAGACAAUAACAUUGUGCCAAACCAAAGUACAAAAAGCAGUACGGUGAACUCAAACUUCUCCAAGUCUUCCAUAUCAAUAGAAAUCCAACAAUCUUCGAACUCUUACAUAUCACAUGUAGUUUCGAACCAAUCCCAACACUUAACCGCUAGUUUUGAUACGAAAUUUAGGGAACAGACCAACCACACAGUUAGCCCGUCUUCCAUUUUAGAUAGCUAUUAUUCUAGGCAAGGUUACGCUAACGAAGAUAUGUACCUAAACUACAACAACCAAGAGGAGUACCCCGACCUCGAAGCCCCCCCGCCUCCUGACAAGAACCCCAACGGCAAGUACGUGUGCCCCUACUGCAGCCUAGUCUGCUCCAAACCGAGCGUCCUGCAAAAACACAUCAGGGCCCACACCAACGAGAGGCCCUUCCCCUGCACUAGCUGCGGCUUCAGCUUCAAAACCCGCUCCAACCUCUACAAGCACUGCAGAUCCAGGACGCACGCGAAUAGGGUCAUGGGCACCAAAAACCAAGAGGCCGGCAUCGAAUCAGACUGCCAAAGGAACGACAGCUACGUCGCCAACUCUUCUGAGAGCAACGAAGACCCAGCAUCCAUGCAGAAGCCUUACAAACCCAGGUUCCACACCAGCGAGCAGCUCUACGAUAAUUUGGCCAAGGAGAACAUCGAGGAGGACCGUCACAACCAAGACACGUCCUCCGAUUUGUCUUACCACAUCAACGAAAUCAUCAACAAGAACAACUCGAUCGUGAACCCCAACGGAACCUUCCAGCAGAACCGCUUGGAACCAGUCUACGUGGAGCAGCAAAGAACCUCGGAGGAGCCUCUCAACUUGACCAACAAGAACAGGAAGCGUUCUCUCAGCGAGGUAACCGAGCCUGUGGUCCCGAAAAGCCUUAUAAAAGAGCUGCUGCUGAAAAACCUGUCCGCUUCGGACAUGCAGUGUCCCCACUGCAAGAUGCUGUUCCAGACUGUCACCGAGCUGGACGUUCACAAGUAUCGUGGCAACUGCAAGGGGAAAUCUUUGGGCGCCAAGUACACCAGAAGCAGUUCGGUGAACGUGGCUUCCAUUCUCACCCAGAAUAAGAACGCCUUCGACAAUAUCCCGCAGCUGCAGAACACCGUUUUCCCCCUAAACUCGCCUGGACCUUUCCUAGGGAAGACCAGGCUAGUGGACGGAGACAAGAGCAAGUCUUUUUCGUUCGACGGUGGCCACUUGCCCUUAUUGAGUCCGAACGAACCAUCUCCGAAUUAUCUAUUAUCUCCGUUGCCCUUUGAUAGGGAGAAAAAACCAGGACACAAGCUGUUUGGGGGGGAAGUGAAAGUGCAGGGAGUAGGGGAAUCUAAGAGCUUCAGUUUAGACAGCAAAGAUGAGAAGUACGAGCCUGAACCGAGGUACAAUGUGGAGUAUGCCAACAAAUUAAGCGAAAAUCGAGUAGUAAAAUCCUGCUUGCUCCAGUCUGGAGGCACAGUGCUUACCAACAAGACCAACUACAAUAAGCAGAACUUGAAAAACCAGCAAGAGGUCAUCAGGGUCUUUGAAACUUCUUCGGCAUCGCCCAGCAUAGAUAUCUGUAGUUUCGGAAGGAAAUUCACCUUCGACGGGCCUAUCCAAAUGCAAGAAAGAAGGGAAGAAUCCGAACCCAGACUCGGCGAAUCAUCGAAAACCUACCCAGACCAACCCAGCCCCUUGUACAAAAACAUGAUGGAUUUCAGUCAGACGGUACUGAGAAAACUUACCCCCAACUUGAGGCAGCCUAACUUCGCACUCUCCAACGUACCUGCACCCAGAAACACCUUGAUCAAUCCACUGGAAAAAGCUGCCACCAAGCUAGCUAUCCCCACUCCCAGACCCAACCUAGAAAUCACUCUGACUCCUCUACCGGACCCUGAAUCGAAAAAAAACUACUACGAAGCUAGCCCAUUGGCCCUGUACAACCCGGUGAACCUUCUGGUCAACGGCAAAGUGGUAAGGCACGUACCUGGAAUGCCUGGACCAGUCGUAGCCCCAGACAGCUCAGACAACAGCAACAUCGUAGCAGUAGUGAAGCCCAUGCAGCCAACCCUACCACCUUUGCCUCCUCUAAUGCUAGACAGCUGCGGCGAUGAGACCCCGGUGAGGCGAAAGGUCUUCUUGCAGCCCGAGAAGCUUCCGGACAGGCCCGCCAAGUCCCCCAACCUGAAGGUGCAAACCCCCGAAGCUAAGCCCGAGCUGCCGUCGAAACCUCCCGAACAGAAGCCGAAGCCUGCGGAGACCAAGCCGCCAGACGUGGAGAUGAGGAAGUUUGCCAGGCCGAGCAGCUUGGCCUUGAAGCCUACCGUUGCUUCGCUGAAGCAGCACCACGGGCUCACUCCAACUAUGUUCAACCAGAUUUUGAUCAGUCCUGAUACGCCUAGGGUGGCGAAGAAGUACGCGGAGCACUUGAUUCAAGGCAACUACUUUAGCUAUUUGGGGCUGAAGAGCUCGACGAAGCCGGUGUAUUGUACGCUGAACAAGACGCAGCCGUUUUACGUGCCGCAUUUUAAGAAGCUGAGCAUGUAUUCGGAAUGGAGGCAGCAGGAUACCAGGCAGGAUAAAUUGUACGUCAGCAACUAUGAUUCUAGGCAGAAGAGCGGGAGGUAUUCGGUCGCUGGGAGGACCAAAGCUGACUUGAUGACACAUUCUAGCUACAAGUUCAUGGUUAGCGAAUCAUCACAUAAUUCGGAAAAAGAUGACGAACCCCAGAAAAACAGUGGUCUUCCUGGAGGAUAUGAGUCCAAUGAAGACUAUACCUACAUCAGAGGAAGAGGAAGGGGUCGGUAUGUGUGUGACCAAUGUGGAAUACGAUGUAAAAAACCUUCCAUGCUGAAAAAACACAUCAGGACACACUCAAAUGACAGGCCUUACACUUGCAGCCACUGCAAUUUCAGUUUCAAAACAAAAGGUAAUCUAACAAAACACAUGAAGAGCAAAGCACACUCCAAAAAUUCGACAGCAAGCAGCGGUUCGUCGUCCUCGACUCAGCUGAGUGCUCAUAGCUCAGAUUCUGAUACCGAUGAUAGUGGUAUGGACAGCAGCGACGAAUCGACCAGACAGCAAGAGCACGAGGCCGCCUACGGCCUGCUCUCCCUCUCGCAGAAGCCCUCGGGCAGCUCCGACCUGGCGCACCUGCGCAGCUGCAGCCCCGGCGAGCUGUUUAUGUCGACCGAGGAGAUCGAGCACGUGUCGCAGACCAACUACGCGCGCAACAAGUGCUUGGACGAGCGCAACAGGUGCUCGGACGAGCGCAACAGGUGCUUGGACGAGCGCAACAGGUGCUUGGACGUGCGCAACAAGUGUCGGGAAGGGUUUGAUUCGAAGCUGGUUGAGGGGGUGGCCGAAAGGCGGGUGGAUGAACGAAGGUUGGGCACGGCGAGCGGGCGUAGGCCGUUGACUUACCCCUACACAAGGACCAGCGAGGUCUCGCCUGAUGAUGGCCAGUUGUCUUCGUCUCCCAAGCUCGAGAACGUCCCAGCCAGUCCCGAGCCCAAGUCGAUCAAGCAGUUCCACGUGAUCCAGAAGUAUAUGCCACAGCUGGCGGCGAAGUUACCCGAGAAGCUGACGAAAUCACCCGAGAAGCAGGCGAACCAAGUCGGGGUUAUCCAGCCGUUACCGGAGGCUGUGGUGUUGAACAACAAGAGGAACUUGGGGCCUUGCGUCGCCAAAGCGCUGCCCAUCCUGAAGAUCAACGACGUCGUUGUGGGGACAGAGGGGGCGGGGGAUCUGAGGAAAAGAAAGUGUCCUCCAGCUCCGGAGGUCGGCUACAAGAACAAGAUCCAGAAGAACGACGAGGUGAUGGAUCUGUCGAUGACCACGGUGCAGGAGAAGACGGUUAAUGGUGCUGACGAUAAACGGAUCCCAGCGCCGAAGAACGUCGCCAACGAGAUCUACAACGUUCUGCAGAAGCCCGAACCGAUCGUCGAGGCCGAGGAGGAGAAGCCGCCGACCCAGCCACAGCCAAUCAACGGCGCCGUGCUGAUUCUGCGCCCUCUGCCGGCCGAGGACCAGCCGAGCGACGAGCAGGACAAGGCCGGCGAGUACGACAACAGCGCCAUGGAGACGCUGGCCGACAUCGCCACAAAGCAGGUGAAGCUGGAGAAGAACACGCUCGCCAAGAGCGUGGCCACCGAGUUCCUGAAGCUGGCGACGCAGAACGAGCACCCGGACGGCGGAAGAGACGCCUCCAGCUACGGCAAAGACGUCAACGACCUCAUCGCCAAGUCGGAGGGGAACAAGAGCUGUACGAUAUGCGCGAAGAGCUUCAACAAGCCGUCGCAGCUCAGGCUGCACAUGAACAUCCACUACUUGGAGAGGCCGUUCCGAUGUGAAUCUUGUUCUGUGAGUUUCCGCACCAAAGGGCACCUGCAGAAACAUGAGAGAAGUGCUGGUCAUAACAAUAAGUUGUCGUCCUCGCCGACGCUGUCGUCGUCGGAGCCGCGGCCGUUCAAGUGCACCGACUGCAGCAUAGCGUUCCGCAUCCACGGCCACCUGGCGAAGCACCUGCGCUCGAAGCUGCACAUCAUGAAGCUGGAGUGCCUGGCGAAGAUCCCGUUCGGGCUGUACGCCGAGCUGGAGCGGUCGAACAGCCUGCUGACGGAGAUCAACACCAGCGACGGGGACCAGUGUCUGGAGAGUCUGAAGAUUCUAGCUAAAAAGGUGUUUAUCAACGAUCCGAGUAAAUUAAAUCAUGUAGAGAUAAGAGAAAAUAUAAAUGCUGAAUAG